AUGUCCUUCAACUGCUCCACAAGAAAUUUCUCUUCCAGGCCAAUUGGAGGACGCUGCACUGUCCCAGUGGCCCCAGUUGCCAUGGCUUCGACUGGUGAUGAUGACUGCCUGAGUGCCAUCCUUUUGCCCAGUUCCCUCCAAACUGGCUCUUGGCUCCUGGAUCACUGUCAGGAGACCCGCUGCGAGCCUGCUGUUUGCCAGCCAACCUGUUACCAGCGAACUUCCUGCAUUUCCGGCCCUGACCAGGUGACUUGCUCUCGACGAACUACCUGUGUCUCUAAUCCCUGCUCAAGUGCUUGCAGCAGGCCACUCACCUUUGUCUCCAGUGGCUGUCAGCCCCUGGGAGGCGUCUCCAGUGUCUGCCAACCAGUGGGUGGCAUCUCUACUGUCUGCCAACCAGUGGGAGGAGUUUCUACUGUGUGCCAGCCAGCCUGUGGGGUCACCAGGACGUACCAGCAGUCUUGCGUGUCCAGCUGCCGAAGACCCUGCUAA